GUUCAAGCUACCUACAGUUAACGCCCAAUUGUUGGGCCAAUCUCCAGUCGGCUCCUUGAGGUCUCGAGAGAGAAACAUGAGAGGAGCAGGGAUUGGGGUCGUGGGGGAUGCAAAUUCUCGUGGGGAACUGAGGCUGUGACCUCUUCCUUCAGAGGGAUAGUGCUCUCCCCUCAGAUCCCCGUCCUCCCCUUGUACUUGCAUUCACACAUGCUUGCUUGCUUUUUUUUCCCUUCUUUCUCUCUUUCUUUGUCCAUCCAUCACCUGGACACCCCACUCUCAGGCCUGCUGCAGAUGCAGCUCAUCCUUCAUUACGAUGAGACCUACCGGGAGGUCAAGUACGGAAACCUGGGGCUUGAGGACAUCGACAAGAAGAUGCUGAUGGGAAUAAAUGUCACUCCCAUUGUCGCCCUCCUCUACACGCCCGUCUUGAUCAGGUUCCUCGGGACCAAGUGGAUGAUGUUCCUCGCCAUUGGGAUUUACGCCCUCUUUGUGUCGACUAACUACUGGGAGCGGUAUUACACCCUGGUCCCAUCAGCCGUCGCCAUUGGAGUAGCCAUCGUCCCACUGUGGGCAGCGUUGGGGAACUACAUCACAAGGUCUGUCUCCAUGGUGACUCAUUCUUGAUCCCCCGACGCCACUUCAAGGCAAUACCGAGGGAGCCCUGCUGUUUCUGAACUCUUCCUGUGUAGGCCCUGGGACUCUCUAAUUUGUACAAUAAAGACAGAUAAAGCAAGCAGUCAAAAACUUGGCAGAUGAAAUGUAAUGCAGGGAAAUGUAGGAGGCAGAGAGUAAUAGUGGACAGAUACUUGUCAGACUGGAGACCUGUGACUAGUGGAGUACCUGGGGACUCUGCAUUGAGCUCAUUUAUGUUUGUUUCCUGAUGAAGGGCUUUUGC